UUCCGCCGCGCGCCGCGCCUGCACAUCUGUCGUCGACGACUAAGGGACAUGGAAGAGAUUGCAGAGGUUUCAGACGAACGGCGAUGUCGAAACCACUCGGUCGACGACGACGGUCUGUACCGUCGCGGGUCCAUCGAGACAAGCAGCGAAGGCGAGUCUAGUAGUCACCAUCCAUUCUAUCGUCGCAGUUCCAUCUCGAGCACGACUUCCUCGUCGGAUUUACAGUCUCUACAAGUCAAGGCGUCGUUGUUGGACGAACUGAAAGAACGGCAAGCCGAGCAUCCCUUGUUGCCCCUCGUGCACCAGCAACUGGCUGUAGUGCAUGCCACGUGCACAGCCCAGCGUGCCCGCAUGCGUCAAUGGAAGGACGACGAAAUCGCCUUGGCGAUGCGCGAAGAAGACGAUCAUUACGAUGACGUCGAACGCUUUGUCUUGAUCGUCGAGGCCAUGCAAGCCAAAAUCGAGUCCAUGCAGCCAUCGCCUGGCUCCCGUCCCCCUACUCCUUCAAAGCGCGCGACUACUCCCAACUCCGACGCGAACGAUGCGACUCGACAAGCCUUGGAGACAGAACUGACCUCGGCCAAACGCCACGUUUCUGUCAUGGAAGCGUCCUUGGCAGAAGCGGUGGCCCAGCGCCAAGAGCUAGAAGCCCAAGCCCGUGUCUUGCGAGAAGUGAACGACGACCUGAGCGCUCGCAUUAGUUCAUGGAAAGAGUCGCAACCUCACAAGGAGGCCGAGGUCGAGCACGAGGUCGAGCGCAGUUGGAUGGAACGCCAAACAACGUGGGAAGCGACCUUCGCGGCCUUGCACCAACGAAUUGAGUCGUUGGAGCUCGAGCUCGGCGCGGCACAGCAACGAGGCGAUGCAAUGCACCGUCAAUGGUCCGAGCUGCACCUCACCCACCAAGACACGUUGGAGCACUUAAAACAAGCGUAUCGAGACGUUAUCGACGCCAACGGGAAGGUCAGUGAAGAGCAUCGCGUUCGCCUCGCUGGAGAAGCCAAGAUUCAGGAGUUUGUGGAGCGGGAAGCAUUGUGGCAUGCGGAGAGGUCGUCGAUGGAAUCGAAGCAGCACCAGGCCAACUUCGACUUGCGCCAGUCCCAAACAGAACAGAGUCGGUUAUCCAACGAAUUGGCAGCCACAAGAGCGCAACUGCAUGGCGUCCAGGACAAAUGGGACGACCGAGUCCAGGAACCGGAGCGCCACGCAAGAACUUGGCGCGAAAAACACGAUUGCGUUGUGGCCAAACUCGAGGCGGCCCAUGCAAGUAUAGCAUCGCUUGAGGCAAACGCCACGGCGACCAGCGAUCGACUGGCGCAGGCAACUGCGCAGUUGACCCGAACGUCUCAAAGCGCUCUUGACGCUGCCGACCUGCAUCACCAGCUCAAGAAUCGAGUUAACGAACUGGAGAAGUCUUUGCAAGACGUGGAAGGUGCUCUAGCUCGCCGCACAAAGGAGAAAAACGACGCGGUGGCGUCGGUCGCGCGCUUGAACGAGCUACACCAGGAAGCCAUCGCCGCGUUCGAUGAGAAAGAAAGGAUGCUGGAGACGGUGCUGGGCCAAAAACAAGCGGAGCUCGACGCGUUGACGGCAUCCAUUGAAUCCAAGAACGACGAAAUCGGGCGGUUGAAGCGGCAAAACUCGACAACGGUGGCAAGUCUCGAGGACCAAUUCAAACGCCUGCAGGCAUUCGACCAGCUCAGCAUGGAGUACCACGACACGCGCAUCGCGUACGAAGCCCGUCAAAGCCACGUCGAGCAACUGGAGGCGCAACUUCGCGCCGCCGACACGGCCACCGCGGCGUUGCGGCAAUCGUUGUCGGAGCAACAGGACCAACUGGAAGCGGUCACACAGGACCGUCGCGACAUGGAAGCGCGAUUCCGAGAACUCCAGAGCAUUUGCCACGAUCUCGUGGCCAAGAACGAGCAUGCCGAGGACGAAAUCCACGCGUUGCGCCGGGAGAAGUCCGAGGCGGUGGACACCGUGCGACGUGCUUUCGACGAUCUCAAGGCAGCGCACGCGACUCUUCAAGACAAGCUGCGGCAAGUACAACAGGACACUAGCGUUCGAGCCCUCGACAUGGAGGCCACGCUGUCGAAUCGAACCGAUGCGCUCGUCAAAGCACAGCAUGAAGUGGACAGGCUGACAGUGGCCUUGGAGCAGCGCCGUGCCGAGCUUGAUGAAGUCGCCCACGAGCGAAGCCACCUACAACAAACUACCCAAGCGUUGAACGGAAAGUGCAGCGCGCUGGAGACGCAAGUCGACUCGCUGCGAACGCGCCACGUUGAAUUGGAACGUGCGCUGCAGGAAAACAAACAAGUAAGCCACGAAUGGCGCAACGUUGUCGAGAAAGCCACCAGCGACGUGCACUCGCUCGAACGUGAGUUGCGCCAAGCGCAGGACGAGGUCGCGGCCGCGUCGAAUCGAAUCGACAAACUCGACCGUGAAAACAAAUCGCUGCACGACCAUAACCGAGACUUGGCCGAAACCCACGCAGACAUGUCCCGUCAGAUACAAGCUAUCACUGCCUCGCGAGACGAUGACCGGCAAAAGUGGCAAGUGUCGAUUGUCCAGUGGACUGCCGCGCGAGAGCGCAGCCACGCGAUGGUGGAAGCACUGCAAGGAUCGAUGGCUGAGAAAGAGUCUGCGCUCGCCGUCGCUCGACGAGACUUGGACGCUGCAAAAACCCAACUCCAACUUGCAUUGGAGCAACGAAACAUGGCAGAGAACCGUCGUCAAGCCCUCGUGGCGACGAAUGAGUCGCUGCAGGCGCAAGUGGCGUCCCAAACCGAGUCAUUCCAGACCAAGCACGUCGAGGAGUUUGCGAGCUUGCGCGAAGCAUGCCACGACGUGGCGGAAGUGAAUCGCAUGCUCACGACAGAGCGAGACGCCAUUCAUGCGCGACUUCGGCAAUGGCUUGCCAACUGGUCCAUAUCGAACGGCGUCAAAGCCGCCCCACAGACCGAUGACGUUCAAGAAGCGCUGGACAAGGUCGAAGGGCUGUGGCGCGACCACACCAACGCGACGCGCACAUUGGCCGACACUGUGAUGACGCUCAAUGCAAAACUCAUGGCGACGGUGGAUGGAAGCGUCCGGUUUGAAGAGGAAGUCGGCGGGCUGGUGCGGGAACUCCUCGACGCAUUGAAUCAGCCGCCGACAAACCAACCGUCUCCGCGCGACGACGGCGGGAUGCAAGACGCGUUGGCGCAAGCGAUUGCAAUCGUCCGAGCGUACAAACAGCGCCAACCCGUGGCGUCUGCGGCAGGAUACCCCGAUCUACAGCACGAGGCCGCUCCACGUCAAGAGGAGAACGCCCCCGCGACAAAUGCGGUCGUUUCCGCGACGCAGCGACGCCAGCACGACCUACACGUCGCCCAGUUGAACGACCACCUAUCCCACCUCAUGCAACAAUGCCUGGCACUGCAGGCCCGCAACGACAAGUACAAGAAGCAGCUGCAUGUCAUGCGGCAGCGGGAGAAGCUCCUCGAACGAGAUCUCCUCCUCGCGAUAAAGUAAUCGCGUGAGAGCCUUCCAUGCCGCCGCCGCCGCCGUCGACAGGCACGUGUCCCUCCUGCAUGCGAGCGGACGCUCUCCAUCGAGCCCAACUACAUUGAUCGUGAUUGUGCACAACUCUGCCUCCGACAAGCGCGGCGUCCACGCGUUCAGGUGUGCUCCAUACAGUUGCGAGUGAGGACGACCAUCCCAUACAUAAUGAUCACGACGCAGGUCCAUCCUGGAGACUGGCAUCAUGGCUAUCGAUGGCCGGCAAGUGGUCGAAGUGCCGCAUCCGAGUGAACGAAAAAUUGAACGCUGUGGGCUGGCCCUUGUGCAUGGCUAAUUCCGUCCACUUGUCUGUCCACACAAACGUGGGCUGGUCGUCGUUGGACGGUCCCAGCACCGCGUCGCACUCGAGGCGGCGAGCACUGCGAACGGACGUCACUUUGGCGUCGAUGGCGCCGCUCAAGGCAAACUCGGAUGGGUUCGUGGCGAGAUCGUACCGGGCGGCGAUGGCCCGUCCUGGGUCGCCCAAGCUCAGCGGGUCAUGGUGGUAGUUGUUGGCUCUACCACGACGGGUCCGAGUCACGGCGGAUGGGAGCAACGGGCGAGACAGUACCGCAUGAGGCGCUUCAAAUGUGCAAUGGACUGGACGUGGGGGGCGUCCCGGCGAAAGAUCUUGGCCCGGGCACAGUCUUGAUGGGACCAGCUACUAUCCCUGCCCAAACAAGUUGUCAACUCGUCGGCGGUCAAGGUGCUUACGUGGACGCCAUGGCCGCGAUGCCCGACUUGUUGUAAAUGUGCUCGAAGUACGGAAUGUUGUACGAUGCCCAAUACCCCUGGGCAUUCACGACGGCCGAGACGUCGCCGACGACAAUGUCGCCUGGGAGUUGCUCGAGCAACGUCAAUCCAUGCGCGAGCAACGUGCCGUUCGCAAAGCGGGACGUGUCGAGGACCAUCCACUGGUUGUUGUACGUGCCGCUGUUGAACGCGCUGAAGUGCGUCGUCCAUGUCGGUCCGUCGACAGCCAAGGCGUUGGCGACUUUGGUUCUAUCGAUCGCAACGUGAGCGCUGCAACGCAUGGAGCGAAGUCGUACCGCAGCCAGCUCAAGCAUGACUGGGGUGUGAUUGUGGCUGCCAGAGAAGCGUUGUAGUUGCCAUUGGUGGUUUCCAUGACCCCGAGACCGCUGUCGAGGAGGUACCAGUCGUCGACGGACGAGAGAUACCCAGGACUCGACGACAUGGAGAUGCGGCGGCGGGCGCCCGGCUCCCGGCGCGCCU